AUGUGUAUGUAUUUGCUCCACAGUUUAAAUCCUGUAGAAUUACAAUUUGCUCAAACUAUGAUCUUUGCCAUUGAAGAAAUAAAUAACAGUUUGGAGAUUCUUCCUGAUAUUUCCCUGGGCUAUAGGAUAUAUGAUUCCUGUCGCUCUAUCCCUUUGACUAUAAAGGCAUCUCUGGAUUUAAUGAAUAGCCAACAAGUAGGACUUGUGUUAAACCAGUCUUGCACCAAACCAUCAACUGUCCACGCCAUCAUCGGACACUCUAGCUCAACACCAACAAUAGGAAUGGCUGCAACUGUUGGACCCUUUCACAUGCCAGUGAUCAGUCACUUUGCUACCUCUGCCUAUCUCAGCAACAGAAAGGAGUUCCCCAGCUUCUUCAGGAUGAUUCCCAGUGAUUAUUACCAAAGCAGAGCCCUGGCAAAGCUUGUGAAACACUUUGGAUGGACCUGGGUUGGAGCCAUUCGAACUAACAAUGAUUAUGGCAACAAUGGGAUGGCUACCUUUGUACAAGCUGCCCAGCAGGAGGGGAUCUGUAUUGAGUAUUCAGAGGCCAUUUUUAGAACUGAUGGUAGAGAGAAAUUCCUUAAUGUUGUAGAUAUUGUUAAAAAGUCAUCUUCUAAAGUAAUUGUUGCUUUUGCUUCUGGUCCAGAUUUGGAUCUACUGAUGAAAGAACUUGUGAUUCAGAAUGUCACAGGUUUCCAGUGGGUGGGGAGUGAGGCUUGGGUGACAGACAGGUACCUUGCAUCACAGGAAGGUUAUAAUGUUCUGGGAGGGUCAAUUGGUUUUGCCAUUCCAGAUGCUGAAAUACCAGGACUAAAAGAGUUUAUUUUAAAUGCUCGUCCAUCAAGCAACCCUGGAAACUCUGGUUUAAAUGGGUAUUGGGAAAGUAUUUUCAACUGCAGUUUGUCACUUGGCAAGGAUGCACAUACUAAGCCAUGCACAGGAGCAGAGACUCUGAAUGGAAUAAAUAACCAAUACACGGAUGUAUCAGAACUGAGGAUAUCCAACAAUGUGUAUAAAGCUGUGUAUGCUGUAGCCCAUUCAUUACACAAUCUUUUCGCAUGCAAUAUUAGUCAAGGAUACACUGAUAAAACAUGUGCAAACAUAAAUACAAUAGAACCUUGGCAGGUGCUGCACUCUUUGGCCAGAGUCAACUUCACAACUAGGAGUGGAGAGAAGGUGCAUUUUGAUGACAAUGGGGAUCCAGUAGCACGAUAUGCAAUAGUUAAUUGGCAGCGGAACAUGAAGGGAAUCACAACAUUUGACGUUAUUGGUCUAUAUGAUGCUUCUUUACCAGAAGGACAACAGUUUAUAAUGAGUGAUAUCAGUGUAGUCUGGGCAGGAGAUCAGGAUGAGGUGCCAAGAUCAGUGUGCAGUGAGAGCUGCCUUCCAGGGACUCGUAAGGCCAUUGAGAAAGGGAAGCCAGUCUGCUGCUUCAUCUGCAUUCCCUGUGCAGAGGGAGAGUUCAGCAAUAUCUCAGAGUGUUCAAAGUGUCCAGUGGAUUACAGAUCAAAUGAACAGCGAAAUCAGUGUGUCUUAAAAAGCACAGAGUUUUUGUCAUUUGCAGAAUUAAUGGGGAUAAUUUUAACAGUAUGUUCUGUGCUUGGAAUGUGCUUUACCAUAGCAAUAUCUAUUAUUUUUUUCAGGUACAGAUCUACGCCUAUUGUAAGAGCCAAUAACUCUGAACUGAGUUUCCUUCUGCUCUUUUCAUUGACUCUGUGUUUCCUCUGUUCA